AUGCAAUCAGACAUGGAUGAACCAGUGUCACAAAUGCCAGAGUCUUCUAUGCAAUCUUCAUCGGCAAUAGAUGAAGUUUUCACUCAAGUCAUGGGAUCAGAGCAACCUGGACGUGUUAAAACAUAUGAUUUUGGACCAUCUCCGAGAGAUGUGUUUGGACAUAAAAAAUCAGAAGUGAUGUAA